AGGAAAGCCAGCUUCGAGCUUGUCAAAAACAAGCUAACUUAGCAACGGUAGUUGAGCUAGUACCUUUUAUUCUCCGAAACAGUAAUUAAACGAAGUAAGGUACUUAUUGGUAAUAAUAUGUAAUUAUUUUAGAGCUACUAGAACAAUACAUUUUUAGUAUAAGUAUCCGUAUUUAGAAUUUAGAUUUUGGACUCCCUUCAACAGUUUAUGUAGGCUAAUGAAGAAGGGUGGCUAACUGGCUGAACAACUAACCGUAGCUAACUGGCUAACGUUGCUGUUACCGAGCAAUCAACAAGAGGUCGUUGUUAGCUCAAAGACCCCGUACACCUCUGUUAGAGGUACAAAACGGCUGUUUAAAGUCUGUUUUCUGAGCAGCCCGUGGGAGUAAACUGAACAAAAUGCACCACGUCAAGAUAAAAACAGAAAGACCAGAUUUGGAGAGCACAGGUGCUCGCGGCAGGUUGGAUGCUGUGCUAAAGGGUCUCGUAGAAAAGAGUGAAAAUGAAAGAGAACCAAAUGAAGACCCAGGAAAGUUGUCAGUGGAUGCUUUAAACAAAGAUUUGUCUCCGUCAUCUGCUGGAAAAAGACCUUCAGCAAGAUUUCCACAGCACAGGAGGAAGAAGAGAAAGGAGAUGGAUGAGGGCAUCCCAGAGACCAAUCAACAUAAACAGAAUGCAUACAUUAUAAAGUUGUUUGAUCGCAGUGUUGAUUUAGCUCAAUUCAACACCACCGCCCCACUGUAUCCAAUCUGCCGUGCCUGGAUGAGAAACAAUCCUUCCUUUAGGGAACCCACAGCUUCUCCAAGCUCCCCUCAAAGCAUACCAGAAGAGGAGGUCACAGACAUGAUGAAUGGCAAAGGGCAGAAUGUGUACCGACUUCCUCCUCCAUCUGCCUGUACAGUGAGCCCCUCUGGUGAACUCAUCAAUCUCAGGAUCCCACAGACUGAAAAGCCCACUAUUUCCAAGUUCACAGAGGUUCCCGUAUCAGGAGCUCUCAUCAGUGACCACAUGGAACGCUGGAAAAAGAUAAGACAGAAAUGGAAGGAAUGCUCCAAUAAAAACCAGAUGAGAUACAGUGAGAGCAUCAAGGUUCUGAAGGAAAUGAAGGAUCUCUAUGACCACUGACUGCCUGCCUUGUAUUUGUCAGCUGCAGAAUGGACUCUCCACUGUUGGAAAGGAGCCAUGCAUUCAUAUUUGAUGUUCGAUGACUCCUGCAUACAACCAUAGAUGAGUAGAAAAAAAAUAGCAGAACUUUGAACUUUAACAAACUUUUUGUCCCUUAAGUUGCAGAAAAGAUAUUUGGCAAUUUCCUUUGUGGGGGUAUAUUGCAGUGUCAGACUUUAUACUAAAGUACAUUUUGUGUAAAUGUCUAAAUAAAUGACAUUUGAGGUAGUA